AUGGAACGCACCAGAAUCGAGAAACUGGACGCAAUGACCAAGUCUAGCGGCGCAAGCAUUCCUCAUAAAGAUGAAUACCAGAGGAAUUCUGUGAAGCUUCAGAACGCUGUCUUUCAGACCUCUCAGGCCAAUGAAAGGAUUCAGCAGUUGGAGCAGGAGAACAACUACCUUCGGGAAGAAAUCGAGGUUCUACGGACUGUUCCUCAUCCAGAUUCGAUACCACAGCCUACCCAGGUCCAGGAAUUGACCUUGUCGCUUCGCAAACUCUCCGAGAAGCUGUCUCAAACGGAAAACGUAGUCCUUUCCCUCACCAACCAACUCAACAAUGUCAAGAGCGAGGCUGUCAAGGCCAAGAUGGCGGAAGAGAGGGCAUACGAGCUUGCAGCGCGUAUUCGAGGUCGGGAGGAGGCCCUCAAGCAACGCGAACGGCAAUUGGAACAUGAAGUACGACUUGCAGAGGAGAAGGCGAAGAUGGCAGACCUCGCUGUGAGCGAGUACGCUAACCUGGUUCGGUCGAUGACAGACAAGUCAUCAGACGGGCCAGUGAAGACAGCAGCGGCCAGCCUCGCGAACGGGUUCGUGGAGGGAAAGGGUAUGCUCGCCCAGUUGAUGCGGGAGCGUAGGGAAGAAGCCGAACGGCUCGAGCAGCAGAUCGACAAGCUACAGGCAGAAUUCGCGAUUUUGGAGGCCAGACUUGACGAAGAGCGGAAGGGCGCAGAAUUGGACCGCGAAGCUCGAUCUCAAGCUGAAGCUGAAGUAGAGCGACUACAGGUGGAAGAUAGAACUGCAGCAAAGAUGGUUUCUCGAUACAUGAAGUUCUCGCAAGCGCAGACGGAUACCCUGCAAACCAACAUCGCCUCGCUCAAAACCCGCCAUUCUGCGACAGUCAAUACUCUCACCUCGAAAGCCUACAAUCUGACAGCACAGCUCGAAGCAUCUCAGGCCCAAGUCGAACGUUUCCGAAAUGCCCUCGAUGAACUCGGAGGCGAUCUCAUGAAAGAAUCAUUCGGUCGACGACACGAGGUCGCUACCCGUAUCCGAAUGCUCUCUCGGGAGGAGCGACUGCACGAGAAUAUUCAGCGGUGGCUCCUUCGUUCUGAAGAAGCUCUUCUGCGUCUUCCGACAGACACCCCCGAGCAUGACGCGUUGGCGAGGAUUAACCGAGAGGCCCACACCAUCCUUUCGGGCCUGCAUCCCCCGAGUAUACCAUCGCCCGAUGGUCGUCAAGAGACGUCGGUAUCGGGUUCGAUGGGUCGACUGCUGGUGGCGGACUGGUUGGUGCAGGAGUUGAAGAAGGAAUUCCAGGUGGAGAAGUCAAGGCAGUUGCAGCUAAGGAGGCUUGUCGUAGAGCUCGGGGGACAGGUUCCGAACGACAUUCAACCGGAGGACGAAUGGAUACCCCCUGAGGGUUGGAUGUCCGGGGAUGUCGCCCCCACAUCGCAACCUCCCGUCAAACGACGGUCCCCUCAUAGACCAGCUCCCAUUUCCCUUUCACCCACGCCACGAUCACCCCAAACACGCACAUCGACUCGAUCUAACUCUCCGGUUUCACCAGUUCUCCUCGCCGACUCUGAAUUGAAAUCGACAAUCGACAUCGUUGUUCAGCCUCCUGAAUCUCCGAAGACGUUACAGCGGACAUCGUCGCUCCCACCUGAAGUUCCCAACCCAUGGGAGACACCCAUACACACUGACGACACCUCGGUGUUGGAAAAUACGCCAGUGCCAUUCCCUGUAUCCCAGUCAGCCCCGUCAUCGCCCAAGAUUUCCCCCAGGCGUACAGCGACGGUGCAUUCCGUGGUUGAACUCACGCCGACCAUGCGACCCAAAGAACUGCAUAACACUUCUCCGACUCCAUCCCAGCCAUCCUCGCCGUCGACACCUUUGCUGACCCUGACCCAAUCUCUACCUGACGGUUCGACCUCCGAAUCUGCAUUGGCAGUGCAAUUAUUGCACGGGCUCAAAAGAAUUGGCCGGCGAUACGACGACCUUCAGCGCGGGUUUAGGGACUGUCAGCUUGGCCUGGAGUCUCUCAGGGAAUCUGUCGUGCAAGCAUCAGCUUCGCGGACGCCGACCCCAAUCCCGACCGAGGUUCUGCAGGUCGUCCUCGACCGCCUCAACGACUUCAUCGAAGAUGCUCGCGUCGAACUGGAGAUUCAGGUCUCGGAUGAAGAGUUGCUCGCCAGAGGUUACGAGACUCUGCUUGUCGUACCUGGUGCUAUCUCCGCCCCCGGCACACCUUCAUCAGCAACAUUUAACCUGGACUCUCCAUCGAUACCUCCAGGACCCAGACGACGUUCGGAUGUAGAAGAGCAGGUGCAAGCUUUCGUAUCGGGGACGGAUGCAAAUGUUCGUAAAGCUCGAGAAACCUUCCAGCGCAAGUUGGACGAUGCCCAACACGAUAUCGCUGCGAUCAAGCGCGCUAUUCAUGGUCCCGACUCCGACCCUGCACCACCUGCGGCAUGGCCAUCGACACCUCGCACCCCCAAGACGAGUCCCAAAUCCAGCUUUUCCGAAUUGUUGAACACCACGCCUCGCCAUCAGGCUAUACCCCUGGCACACUCUACUUCCUCACCUUUACCCUCGUCGACGAAGACCCCAUCAACCUCCACCUCGUCUUGGAAAUCUUGGAUUCGCAACGCCAGUUCACCAACAACGGCCACUCCACCGACACCCCCUGCGACGUUUGGAGAUAUUAUGACCAGCCCGAGGUUGCGACACUCCCCGUCUUUGCAGAGUGGGUUGAGGACACCCUCCAGCGCCGCGCCUUCGUCACAGGCUACGUCGGCGUCAGGGUCGAAUUCGAAUUCAUCGGCUGACGUUUUGGCAAGUCUAGAGCUGAAGGUUCCGAUGCCUAGGAUUGAGCCGAGUGCCCCUACGAAUUCGACGACGCCGGCUACUAGUGCAAGUCCCGGUCCCUCGCCUUUGGGCGAUGGGGUCGGUGUGGGUGCAUUUAGGACGUUCGAUCUGGGUUCGAGGCCCGGGAUGUCGCCGAUUGGGACUGCACCGAGGGCGAGGGCGAUCAGCAAUAUGUAUAUGCUUGGUUUGGGCGGUGCGAGUGCGAGGGGAGGUGCGUUUGCGGGGGUGGGUGGUCCUACGAGACCUAGAGCUGCUUCGAACCAGGUUCCUCCGUCGACGUCGUCUUUGGGACUCGCUGCGUCUCCCUUUGGUGGCUCGGUGGUGGGUAGUGGUGGGGGUGGGGGUGGAGAUCUUCAGGCUUGGGGAUCGGGGAGGGCCGAGAGGGAGAUCGAUGGGGAGACGGAUGUUGAGACGGAUAAUGAGGGUAGUGAUACAGAUUUGGAAUGA